AUGGCGGCGAGCCAAUGCCGUCGUGCCGCGCGGGGGCCACGCUGGCUGGUCAUCUUGGCAGGUUGCUGCGUUCAGCCUUGCUUCGUGAACUCGCCAUGUGACCCUCGACGCCCAGCGCGGGCGUCGAAAGCGCCCGCGGUGCGAGCCCUGGGCACUGCGGAGGCCCUGGCGGCCGCUGCGCCCCUGGCCCCGGCCAUCCUCGGCGUCUUCGGCGGCGCCAUGGCCGCCUCCGCCGCGCAGCUGGCGCGGGCCGCGGGGCCGGCGGAAGCGGCGGGAGCGGCGGCGGAGUCGGGCGGGUUCUUCGGGGAGCAGCGGUGGAGCGGCAGGACGCUGGGGGUGGUAGGGGCCUGGCUGCUGCUGCUGUGCUACGCGCUCUUCCUGGCGCCGGGGAAGGACCCCGAAGCGACGCUCGCGGACCAGGCACUUCUGACGCAGAUCCUAUCGACGCCCUUCGAUGGAUCUGUGAGCCCACUCUUCGUGUGCAUCUUCAACAUGCUCGGCAUUUGGCCGGCGAUCUACGCCGCCACUUUGCUGCCGGGCGCGGCGCGGCAGUCGCCCGUGCCGGCGUAUCCGUUUGUUUUCGCCUCCUUCUUCCUUGGGGCUUUUGCCCUGAGCCCCUACCUGGCACUCCGCGAGUACCGUGGGAAGCAAGGCGAGUCCGGAGACCUGGACUGGUUCACUUCCAACCUGCUGGAGAGCCCGGUGACGGGGUUGCUGCUCCUGGCUGGCGCGGUGUACCUCGUGCUCUUCGCGCUGGGCAACGGCACCCUUGGCGCUCUGGCGCCCGCGGCCGCGGCGGCAGGCUUCGCGCCGGUCUUCAUGGGCAGUUUGACCGCCCACGUCUCGAGCCUCGACUUCCUGGUGCUGUGGAUGUUCUUCAGCCCCGUCUUGCUGGAAGACGGCCGGCGUCGAGGUGUCUUCCUGGGGCAGUUCAGCGACUGGAGCCCCAGCGAUAAGGCGCGCUUCGCGUUCUGCGGCCUGGUGCCCGUCUUCGGCGGCCUCGCCUGGCUGCUGAGCCGGCCGCCGCUGAAGCGGGUGGACAUCCGGCAGGAGAUCCUGUCCAUGGAGGCGGACGACGAGGUCCCCACACUGCAGGAGGACUCGGACUUCUCGGCGGACUCGGGCUCUGAAACGGAUGACUCGGUGGACACCCAGUUGGAGACCGAGGCGCUGAGGCUGGGGGGCACGGCGCCCCAGGCCUGGGAGUGCCCAGACCACUCGCCCAGGAAGGCGUUCUGGAGGAACUCGGCGCAGCCGAAGGCGCCGAACCCGACGCCCCAACCGCCGAAGAUGCCGCCACCCGAGCACUUGCUGCAGGGGAGGCUCGGAGCCAGCCCCGAACUUGAAGUGGUGCGAGGCUCAAGUCCUGCGGCCCGCGGCUUCAACGCCGCGCUCUUCGGGGCGCUGUUGGCCAACGUGCCGGACCCCGCGCUGCGGUCACAGUUUGAGCGGUUCUUGACCUACUGGUCCCGCAGAAAGGAGAAGCAGAGCCCCUCGUCCCCAUCGAGCUCCAGCCGCAGUCGCGCAAAUCGCUCUUUGGCGGAGACCCUGGAGGCGCUGAUGUCCAGGCUCAGAGAGGAGCAGACGGAGGAGGAGAGGCAGAGCUCUGCCGCCAGAGUGCUGAGGUUGCUGGUCUCCGCGUUUUCCGGGACGGCCAGCAAGGCGCAGCGCCGGCGCGCGCUGAGCCUGGCGCCGGCGAAGGUGGCGGAGGCCUUGGCCGCAGUCGCGGGGGCGGACGCGAGCCUUUUGGAGACUUACCGGGAGGCUUUGCCUCAGCUCCUGGCGCCAGUGGUGCCUGAGCCCUCCGCAGCACAGCUUUGGCAGGCGCUGCCAGGCGCUCCGGCGCCGGUGCGCCUGGCAUUCCUGGAGGCCCUGGCGGCCGAGGAGGUGCGCAUGUCCGGGCCCGCGGGCGCGGGCGCGCGCUGGCGCGCGGCGGGGGUGGAGCUGCGGGCGGUGGUGGAUGCCUGCAUUGACUUCGUUUUCCGCGAGGAGCAGGAGGAGGAGUUCUUCCGUCACGUGCCCGUGCCCCGAAGGCCUCGCAAUAAGCGGGGCUUCCGGCUGAAGCACAAGAAGGCAGGGCUCUGGUGGGGGCCUUCCACCGCCGUCCGGCUUUCAGGGCCCCAGCUGGGCUUGCCCCGCAAGCCGCUCUCGGCCGAGGAGUUGCUGGCAGCACCGUCCGACGAGGCCCAAAGCCCUGCCUCGCGGUUCAAGAGGCCAAGUCGACGGCGCGGGAGUCCGCACUGGCUUCUGCCGACCCAGUGGCUUUGA